AUGCAUUAUAUUCGCUUAAUAAUUGAUUGCGAUUUCAAAUCUCAUAGAGCAAAUCCGAGCUGUACAAUGAUGUCUGAAACUGCUCUUAGAGAUCUUAAUUUGCUGCCUAAAUCUGAGAGAACAAACGAGAGCUCAAGUAAAGACAUCUUAACAAAGCCAUAUGUUGAACCAAGAAAAAACAUUGUUCCUUUAGUUGAACCACCUGUGAAAGGAACCGAAGAUGCACAUGCUAGCGCUGACGUGGCAGUUGCAGAAGUUGAAUACAUUGAAUCUGAGAAACUUGAAGAUCUUGAAGAUGUUGAAAAUAGUCUCAAAGUGCUUCUAUCUGGAUUAGAGUCUAAAGAGUGGGUUUCCCUUUGUGAAACACUCAACAACGUACGUCGUUUUUCAAUAUACCACAAGGAAGCCUUGCAUGACAUACUGGACAAUGUGAUUACCCUUGUUGUGAAAGCCUUGAAGAAUCCAAGAAGUGCUGUUUGCAAAACUGCAAUCAUGACAUCUGCUGACAUUUUCAAAGCAUUUGGGGACCUUGUAGUCGAUUCUUUGGAUCCUAUGCUUGUGCAACUUCUUCUGAAAUCUUCUCAAGACAAGAGAUUUGUAUGUGAAGCUGCUGAAAAGGCUUUAAUAACUUUAACAAUUUCAGUUUCCCCUGUUUUGUUGUUACCUAAAUUGCAACCUUAUCUUAAACACCGAAAUCCUCGUAUUCGUGCAAAGGCUUCAUUGUGUGUUUCUCGUAGUGUCCCACAACUUGGGGCUGAUGGAAUCAAAGAAUAUGGAAUUGACAAAUUGAUCCAAAUCGCUUCAUCUCAACUAAGCGACCAGCUGCCCGAAUCACGGGAGGCUGCCCGAGCCCUCCUAUUGGACCUACAAACUGCAUACGUUAAAUCCCCUGUUUUGGCUCCACAACAAGACAUUGACAUACCAGUACUUCCACCUUCUGACCAAUCAGAAGAGGACACGUCAUCAUCAUCAUGUGUCCAACAAGCUCAACCUCCUCCUCAGGUACAUUAUUAUUCUUGGGACGAAUUCUGUGAAUCUAAUCUUCCAAAGUUAAGUGCACAAGCCGUCCUACGUGUCACUACUACUGUUACACGUGAGGGGUUGUAACACACCAAACUAUAUACAAUUCCUUAUUAUUGACUACUGUUUGAAUUUUUUUUUUUUUUUUUUUUUUUUUAUUUUUUUUUUUUUUUUUUUUUUUUUUAUUAACUUAUCAUUCAAAAAUCCUUAUAGUACUAUGGUCAAAACUCUU